CAGACCAAAGUUUCUAUGUGCUGUCGUGUCUUCCCCUCCCCACUGCCGCCGACCUAGCUGGGGAACAACCUAAAAUCAUCCAGAAAAAAAUAUAUAAUCGAAAAAAAGACUGCAGGUUCAAACAGUGAUAAAGGGAAGUAUUUAUCAAUGCAAAUUUAAGGUUAUCCGACGACCGUUGCCUGCAUGUUUUUGAAUAAUCUCUUCCAAUAGCCAGAAGAGCCACUUCUUCUACUUGAGAUUUCUCAAACGAUAAAAAAAACUGUUGGUAACAUAUAAUUAAUGACUCGUAAGGGUGAUAACUACGCCGGGAAAGCACCAAAUGAUUCAACUGUCUAUGAAGCUAACAAAGAUGCUAAGGUUGAUGAUGAUGUUGUCUUGAAUAAAGAACUACCUAGUGCUGUUGAUGUUAUUUUAUCAGCAGAUACAAAUGAGGAAAGACUUGUUUCAAAGGACCGGAGUAGAAAUAAGAGUCCGCAGGAAUGUGUGUCUGCGCAAAGAUCUCCUAUCGGUGAAGCUUGCUUGCAUGCUGGUGCUUCAAAAUUGUUGAUUCCUGGAGAUAAAUCCCAAACAUUUUGUGGUCGUCAAAAUGACAUUUGUUGGGCAGUGAAUGAAGCCCAUGGGGCACAAUUAGCCGCUGAAGCUAUUGAGAUGGACAAGGGCUAUCCUGUUGCUGAGUUUGAGAAAUUUCUUCGUUCUUCCUCUCCAGUUAUAUGUCCAUCUGUUAAUAUCCGUACUUGUCAGGCUUGUAUCCGCGGUCAAGGUGCACCUCUAUGCAGGCAUGAGAUCCCGAAUAUCUCUUUAGGGAACUUGUGGCAGUGGUAUGAGAAACAUGGAAACUAUGGCUUAGAAGUAGAAGCAGAGGAACAUAAAAGUUCUCAACAACAUGGUCUAAAGUUCAGUGCAUUUUUUGUUCCCUCUUUGUCAGCUGUUCAGCUCAUCAAGGAUAAUGGAACUCUGGGUUCCAUAGAUGUGGGGGACUCUGGGAUAAAUAAAAUGUCUGGGAGUUCACCUAUAGAAGACUUCCACAAAAGAUUUUCUGUUCUUGUACCUCAACCUCGUGUUGAAAACUCAAGCUCUUUACCAAAAAGGCAUGCUGUCUCUGAUCCCACGGCAUCUUCAGACUGCAGCGAUAUGGAUUUGCAUCAUCAACCAGCUGAAUCUAAACUAUCUGAUGAUAAUGAGGAGCUUCUGUUUGAAUAUUUCGAAAAUGAACAGCCUCAAAAUCGUAAACCGUUGUUUGAAAAGAUUAAGGAACUUGCUGCUGGUGGGAGGACUUCAAGUAGUCGAGUGUUUGGAGAUCCAUCAAUCCUACAGUCCGCCCGCUUACCUGACCUGCACCCUCAUUCGUGGUUUUCUAUUGCAUGGUAUCCCAUUUAUAGGAUACCAACCGGCAAUUUUCGUGCCUCUUUUUUGAGUUAUCAUUCGCUUGGCCAAUAUGUUCACAGAGACCAGACACUUUGCACCCGUGGAUUGGAUGCUGGAGUAGUUUCCCCAACUGUGGGGCUCCUAAGCUACAAUACUCAGGGUGAAUGCUGGUUUCAGCCAAGGCACUCCGCGGAGCACCACCCGAAAGAAGCUGUGACCUUGGAUUCAAAUGCUCCUUCAGUUCUUCGAGAUCGACUGAAGACAUUGGAGCAGACUGCAUCUUUCAUGUCCCGAGCUGUGAGAAUGAAUGGUGCAGAAACACUCGUGAACAAGCACCCCGAUUAUGAGUUUUUCCUGUCUAGGCGAUGUCGAUUAUAUUGAUCUGUUGUCAUGUUGAUCAACCAUGUGUAAUAAUUCUAAUAAAAAGUUAUGUGGUGUUUCCAGCUUACGGCUAUUAAUCUGAGUCCAACUCAGAGGCUUGUAGUCAUUUCGACAUUUCUUAGGC